GAAAGAGGUUCUGAAAGCGCGUGUGGAGCUGCGUGGAAUACUUUUAGCUCGGUAGCCUUGGCCGUGGCUUUCUGGCUGUAUUCAGCAUGAUAACUCCAGUAUUUGAACUGACUCAGAAUCCAGAUUUUCUUACAAUAACUAUCAAAGUACCUUACUCACGAGUUUCAGAGUUUGAGGUCUAUUUUGAAGGGAAAGAAUUCAAAUUCUAUGCAAAACCGUACUUUCUCAGAUUGGCUCUUCCUGGGAGAAUUGUAGAAGAUGGAAGAGAGAGAGCAUCAUAUGAUGACGACACAGGGAUGUUUACAGUCCAUCUUCCCAAGGAGAUUCCUGGAGAGAUGUUUGAAGGAUUAGACAUGUUGACAGCUCUGUUAGCACCGAAGAAAUCCAGAUCAGCUAAACCUUUAGUAGAAGAGAUGGCUUCAGGUGCUGACAAUGAGGAGGACAUGGAGGAGGAGGAAGAAUUUGACUGGGAAAUUGAGCAGACUCUUUAUGAAGAAAGCAGAGAGACACUAUUAUGUUCAACUUGCACCUAUGGAUUUGGAAAUCAGAAGUCAGGAGUUUUCAGUCGUCUUCAGGAUGAACUGAAUGAUGUUAUUGAUAUUAAAAAUCCAGACCUGACCCCUGCAGUUGAACGCAGAGAGAAACGGCUGGCAGCAGAAGCUGCCAAAUUUGAUCCUGAUCAUUAUCUUGCUGACAUUUUUGAAGAUGAAGUGAUUUGCCAUUUGUUGAAAUACAAGCCUUGGUGGGUUAAAGCCUAUGCAACAAAGAUGUCUCCUCAAGAAGGCAGUCCUUGGAAUGAGAGCAAUCAACCUGCACUUGUUUCCUUUACAGAAGAUGAGAAAGAACAGCUAAGAAAAUUCACUAACAAAACUUUCCUGCUUGAUAAAAGAACCUGUCAUCAAGUAUAUCUCAGCUUGGUUGAUAUACUUCUGGCAUAUUGCUAUGAAGUCUAUGCCACUGAAGGAGAAAAGAACGUUGAGUCACCGUGGAAUAUACGGAAAUUGAGUUCAACUUUGUGUUGGCUGGAGAGUUUUACUAGCUUUUCGGAAGUCCUGAUAUCCUUCGGAAGAAGAGUUCUAUGCUAUCCGCUCUACAGACACUUCAGUUUAGUGACUCGGGCUUUAAGUGACACAAGUAUGAUACUACAACUAGGUAAAAGUGCAGUUCUGAAGUGUCUGUUAGAUAUUCACAAGAUUUUUCGUGAAAAUGAUCCUGCAUAUAUUCUUAAUGACCUUUACAUCACAGAUUACUGCAUUUGGAUUCAAAAGGCCAAGUCGAAGAAGUUGGCAGCCCUUGCCGAACGUGUGCAGAAAGCCGAGCUGAGUAAGGCCAAAUUGGGUUUUGAACUAGACGAGCUGGAAGCAGCAGCACUUCUUGUUCAAGAGGAAGAAAAGGAGUUAAAAGCCGCUGGCGCAGACGUUUCUAAGCAGCAGCUGGCUCCCUCCGAAGGAGAGGCGAGUGACUCUGAAGACUCAAGCAGCACUUCAUCAUAUGAGACAGGAGACUCCGAUUCAGAUGAACAAGAGUCCUCAGCCAGCGAAGAUGGGAAAAUAAAUCCUUUACAAAGCACACUCCAAGAGGAGAGGACAGCCCCACUUAUUGACUGUAAUGGAUUAAGGCGAGACACGGGCGCUUUGACGUUAGAUGUUGGUAAUGAAAAAUCAAAGGCUUCUCUACAAUCUACAUCUGCUCCUGGGAAACUGAUAGAGGAAUUAGGAAAGCAAAUGCAGACUGCAAUUAGGCUUACGGAGCAGCCUGAAGGGUUGCCUUCUGUAAGUGGUGGCGGUGGCGGCACUUCACAAGAGAUGGGAACGAGCUGCAUCACUCAACCUCAAGGACUUUCAAAGGAUCAUAAUGGAAAGAGACAUUUCUUGGAGGUGACUCCAAAACCCGGCACUUUUCUGUUUCUUGGCACAACGAAAGAAGCUCCUUAAGCCAAUGUAAAUGGGGUAGGCUGGGGGUGCAUUGAUGCCUGUUGUGAUGGUUCAUUUAAAUAGGUGUCACUUCAGCAAAAAAAUUCAUGGAGACGACGUAGCAUACAUUUUAAAAAAAAUACGUUCCAUUUUUAUUUGUAUUCCUAAUUGAGAGACUUCUUGAAAGAUGGUGGACGAGACUGAAUUGAAUCUUGCUUGAUAUGUCAGUGCCCAACUGCAAAAUAGUCAAAUAUUGAUGCCUGUAUUUAGGAGACUUCUGUAAUCCUGAGUUAUUUAUUGAAGUGACGUCAUUCAACAAGGUUAGUUGUAUUACAAAAGUCUAAUCAAACAUUGAUAAAGGCUUGCUGGCUUCUGUUCUGUAAAUUGUUUUAUAGGGUAAGUUUAUGUUUGAUUUUAAAAAUUAAUUGGUCCCCAGCUUCUAAAAUGUUAUGGCCCUGUUUAUUUGCUUUUAAGCAUUUUGAGAUAUCCAGUGUGCCUAUGUAGAGUAAUAAGCUGUAGCCUUGUAGAUUUCAGGCACUUGCAUUCAGGGAACUUGUCUUUCAGUAGCAGUUGCAUAUUCAAAAUAUUCAGUGCCAGUGCAACCAGAUCCUGUGUCUUUUUACUUGGAACUAAAUCCUAAUGGGUUUAGUGGGCUCACUGCCAGGUAAGGAUGGGGGAGAAAUUCAUUCACUUACCAUUUUGAUGAGAACUUACAUAAUUCACACUUCUCAACCAAUACAUGAACUGAAAUGAAGUUAUCCUUUGGUAUUCAUCCCUUUGAAUUUUACUGUGCUUGUUCUAUCAAAAAUGCAUGCACUGGGGGGGGGAAUCUUACAAAAGUGCAUCGUAUUAGGGAAAAUCGCAUGUUAAAAUGCAUAUGUUUGGCAAAAUUGCACACACAAAUACGUGCAGAUUUGGAAAAGUGAGCAUGAAAGUACAUACGAAUUUUCAUGCUGACGUUUUAAAAUAAACUGCAAGUUGAUGUGGAUGGAACAAAGUCAAAAGUGGAAAAAAAUCGAAAAAGGAACUUAAAUGGACAGGUUUUCCUGUCCCUGCUGCCAGGUAAGUGCAUAUGCAAGCAUCCAUCCUGUUUAUAAACAUGGCUGUACUUGGUUAUGUUUUUCAAACAUGUAAAUGGAGUAGUCAAAAUACAUUUCACUAUAAGUAGGAACCCUUGUUUUCAUGUUAUUAUUACUCCAACUAUGCUGCUAGCAUGUGGCUGAGAUGAGGAAAGGUGGGCUCAUGGUUAGGGUGUAGGUCUGUAAGACAGGAAAUGUCAUUUAGUUGUAACUCUUCCAGGGGCUCAUGCAACAAUGCACCAUAAUUCAAACAGCAUUGCUCAGCAAUGUGCCUCAGCCAUUAGGCUAUCUUCUUGUUCCUUACAAGUUAAGCUUUAUUUGCUAGCAAUAGGCAGAACAAGCCUGGUUUCAGGUGGAUAAUUCAGCAUCCUAAAAAUUCUGCAGGAUCUUUUUUUAAAAAAAGAAGAAUUUAAUUACGUGUUUCCACCAUGGUUAGCUAAGGCAAUGCAUCUGACACAAACAUUUUCUUAACAUGCCUGAUUUCUGUAAAUUUGAAAAUAAAAAAAUGGGGUUAUAUAAUAUACACCACCAAAGCAUUGUGGUGCUGUAAAGAAACACCUAUUGCAAAAGCUGAGCGUCCCAUUCUUCAGCCUUGCCUCCUGCAUUUUGUGCCUGGCAGCUGAGGAGGGAGCUUGCUUGUCCUUGCUCUGAACAGCUGUUUCUCUCUGGGAACUGACAACUUCUGGGUUAGUGAAAUCAAUCUCUUUAUUCUGGCCAAGGCAUUGGCUCUCCUCUUAGAGAGGAAAAAUGAUUACUUCAGUCUGACUUCAUUGGAGCUUGACCUUUCCCCCUCUCCCCUCCCCACUUUCUUUUCCAAUAUUCAGGUAAUUUUACUAGCCAGAAAGAAAAUUUGACUUUCUAUAACUGUUAGCAAUAGAUGAAACUCCUGUAUUUCCUCUAAGUCAAAGAGAGCUGUGCUUUAUGUGUGGUGGCACAAGAUUGCCACUGAAAAUGGCAUCCUAUGUUGAGGAAUUUCUCCCUAGCAAUUAGUAAUCCUUAAACUUGUGUCGUGAUGUCAUCAUGUACGUUUCCCCAAUCCUGCCAGUGAUGUUCAGCAGGCCAGAAUCGUGAAGAUGUCUCUAUACAGAUAAGUGUACCUAAACAUUAUGCGAAGAAGAGGGGGAAUUCCACACGAGGAUGCAUUUUUCAGUGCCAUCCAUACAACGCCCAUAGCAUGUAUUUCUGCCUUCGGAAGUUGUCCAGAAAGAACAGGUGAGUCAUUAUUCUAGUUGCUGAGCCACAUCAGUGCUCCACAUUUGUCCACUCUCCUUCUUGGAAGUCUUGCAGCCUGAUCUUUUUCCUUCAAGCAUUCUAAUCUUGCAGCAUUCUAUUUCUACCCGAUCAUAGCUCCUGUCCAUCUAACUGUUUUUUAUACCUUCCAAAUUAACAAGCAAGAGAGUACGACUGUGCUACUUUCACCAGUCAAAGCCAGCAGGAAAAUGAGAAACUAGUGCAAAAAUGGUGGCUACGGUAAUAUAGUACAGCUGUUAGGGCAGAUGCUGUUCUAAUUCAUUCUUUUGAGUUUAAGUGGUUGUGGUUUUUAAUUGUCAACUAAGUAGUAUCUCCCUGAGUACUUUACCUGUUGUGCUUGAAAAGGCCGCUUCCUCACACCAUCAGACCCAAUAGUUGUAGGCCAAACAUUCAGAGGGCCACGCUGCCCAUCCUUGCGCUAGACCAUGGUUUACUUUUGUAAGUGAGGUUGCAUGCUAUAUUGGAACACUCCUUUCCUAUAUCAUGCAUAUUCGCAGUUACUAUAAACCAUAACAGUGAAGGCUCACAAAUUCCCUACAUCCACCCAGGACUGCUUCACACUUUCCACUAGCGGCAUAUUACAUUAAUGUUCCACUGGUGUUUACUGCACUAGAAGUGGAGAGGAGGUGCACAUCUCUAAACCUGCAGUUCCUUGGUACAUAUCCACUUAACACUUGAAUGUUUUUACUGUGGAAAAAUGCCUACACUGCUGUAACCUACUUGUAAAGUAUGAAGCAGCACUCUGUUCUUUUACGUGCUAAAGAGACUGUCUUCUAUGUGCCCAACGGCAAUAUCUGAAAGCAUCAUUUUUAUAUGAAGAGACUUUACUAUUGUCUGGAAUUCUUUCCCACUGAAGACUUGUCGGAAUCUUGGUAUCUUCUGAAAACGUCGUAAGACCUUUUCUGUUUGAGCUGGCUUUGGGAAGCCAGGGUAAAGUCAG